AUGAAACUCCAUCUUUAUGCAUUAAAGAAAAACUUUGAGUUUAAAGUAAAGAAGUCUGCGAAAAAUAUAUGGUGUACAGUAUGUGUUGAUGAUAAAUGCAAAUGGAGGUUGAGGGCUACAAAAUUGGUUAAUUCCAAUAUGUUCGAGGUUCGUAAAUUUUUCGAUGAACACACAUGUUCAUUGGAUGUUCGACAUAAAGAUCACCGUCAGGCAUCCCCAUGGCUUAUUGGACAUGUCAUAAGGAGAAAAUUUGAGGGUGAUAAUGUUAAUUACAAGCCAAGGUCAAUUAUAAAAGAUAUGAGUUUAUCAUAUGGAGUUCAUAUGAGCUAUGCUAAAGCUUGGAGGUGUCGAGAGCAUGCAUUGGCUUACAUAAGAGGUACACCAGAAUCAUCAUUUCAUAAACUUCCCUCAUUUCUAUACAUGAUGGAGCAAAAAAAUCCUGGAAUUGUUACUCAUUUGCAGAUGGACAAUGAAGGUAGGUUCAAAUAUUGCUUCAUGGCCUUAGGUGUUUCUAUAAUGGGGUUUAAAACAUAUAUUCGCCCAGUUAUAUGUGUAGAUGGAACCUUCUUGACUACUCGGUGUGGAGGUACUUUGUUAUGUGCCAUGGGACAAGAUGCUAACAAGCAAAUAUAUCCAAUUGCAUUUUCAGUAGUUGACUCAGAGAAUAAUGACUCAUGGUUGUAUUUUUCUACUGAGGUUGAAGGAAGCGAUUGGUGA